CAGUGGCUGUGUUCUAAAAAGUGAACGUAGGGUGGCGCUAUUGUGCACUUGUUAAUUGGCAGCAGACGAGGGCACAUCCCAACUUGAACUCAAGUCGCACACAAGCAGUAUAGUCUCACUUCAGUGUUAGUUGUGAACAAAAUGUGGCUCCGCGAAGAACUCUUGAAGUCCAUAUGGCACGUUUUCACAGCCCUCGACGUGGACCAGCGUGGAAAAGUGUCCAAGUCUCAGUUGAAGGUCUUGUCCCACAGCCUGUGCACCAUCAUGAAGAUCCCCCAUGACCCCUUGGCUCUUGAAGAGCAUUUUAAAGAUGACGAUAAAGGGCCUCUCUCCAAACAAGGAUACUUGCCCUACCUCAACACAUCAUUAUUGACAAGGUGAGCCAUAGUUCAAGAAGAUUUUGAUGUGCUGGAGUUCAACAAGAUCUGCUGGACACUGUGCCACAAGAAAAAUAUCUCCAUCAACAAUAUACUCAUCACAAAUUAUGAUGCUUUUAAAAUCUGGUGCAUUUUCAACUUUCUGUCCGAAGACAAGUACCCGCUUGUCAUUGUCCCAGAGGAGGUUGAGUACUUCCUGCAAAAGCUGACUGAGGCUAUGGGGAGCAAAUGGAGUGAGGAGAAGUUUUUAGAUUCCAAACUCCAGCUGAACAGGAGAAGUUGUAUGACUGUGUGGAAGAUGAUCCAACUGGUUGGAACAGGUGCCUUCACCAUGGGCAUGGACUGGUCGAGUGUGUCUAUGGGCAUCAACGAGGUCUUCCAGGAACUCAUACUGGACGUGCAAAAGGAGGGCUACAUGAUGAAGAAGGGCCAUAAGAGGAAGAACUGGACUGAGCGCUGGUUUGUCCUGCGACCCAAUUCACUGUCCUACUAUGUUUGUGAGGAUCUUGUGGAUAUGAAAGGACAUAUCACUCUGGACCAGAACUGUUGUGUGGAGUCUAUGCCAGACAAAGAAACAAAGAAGUGUCUCUUCGUCAUCAAGUGCCCUGAUAAGAGUUUUGAGAUCAGCGCAUCUGAUAAAAAGAAGAAACAUGAGUGGAUUCAAGCCAUUCAAACUUGCAUCCAGCUGCUGAGGUUGGGGCUUCCUUCCCCUCAUCGCGAGGCCAGGCUGAGGCGCAGGGAGGUCCGGCAGAAGCAGAUGGCGAAGGAGGAAGACCUGGCAGAGAGGAUGAAGCUGCUCCAGGCGGCCAACGACAGCAACCAGAUGCAGCUGGAGGCCAUGAGGAAGAAAAUGGAUAAGGUUGCAGCUGAAGCAGCAACAGAAGAAGAGAGGAGGAAGAAGUCUCAGUCAGAUAUGCAGGAUCUCCUCAGUCUGGACCUGGAAAGAGAGAAAAUGGCACGUCGGCAGAUGGAGGAGCAGGUUACCCAGAAGGCCAGGGAACUAGAGCAGUACCUGCAGCGCGUGCGGGAGAUGGAGGACAUGUAUCAUCAACUGGAGGAAGCCUUGGAGAACGAGAGGCAGGCCAAGCAGGAUGAAGAAGCCAUGCGCAAACUGCAAGCCAGACUGCUGGAAGAGGAGACUAACAGGCGGGCAGAGCUGGAGCGUCUGCACCUGCAGCAGAAGAGGGCGUUGUGUCAGACGCAGGCUGAGAAGUGCGAGCUGGCGAGGGAGCGAGAGCUGCAGGGGGCCGUGCUGCAGCUGGAGAAGGUGGAAAGGGAACGUCAUGGAGCUCUGCAGAAGUAUGAGGAAGUGUCAAUAAAUCUGGAGCGAGCUUCUCACCAGUCCAAGAAAUGGAAAGACAAAGUAGCCAAACAUGAAGGACUGAUGCGUCUCAUCCAACCAGGUGACAAAGGUCCUCAGAGGGUCACCAACUGGGGACCUGCUUCAGUCACAGACAAGGAGUUGGAACUGAGGAAGAAGUCGUGGCAGGAGAGGAAAAACAUGCACACUCAGUGAACCAAACGCACUUGAUGAAGGGACCGGUCAUAGCACUCACCUUUAACUAGGGCUGGGCAAUAUGGCCUUUUAUUAAUAUCUCGAUAUUUUUAGGCCAUAUGGCGAUACACGAUAUGUAUCUUGAUAUUUUGCCUUAGCCUUGAAUUAACACUUAAUGCAUUAAAUCACACCAAUAUGAUGAUUCUAUGUGUCUACAUUAAAACAUUCUUGUUCAUUCUGCAUUAAUAUAUGCUCAUUU